AUGGGGAACCAGGAUGGAAAGCAGAAGAGGAAUGCAGGUGAUGUGCAUGAAGGAAGUGAGGAUGCUUCUGGGCCCAGGGAUGCGGAGGGCACAAAGAAGGGAGCAGGAAGCAAAAAGGGACUGGGGAGGCAUGGAAAAGGGAGUGAAUCUGGCAAAAAGAAGGGGAAGUCAGAGACCAGAGCGUCUGUAUUUUCUAAUCUGAGGAUCAGAAAAAAUCUGUCCAAGGCUAAAGAUGGAAACAGCAGCUCGAGAGAGGAUGUUUUAGAAAGCCAGGCCUCGCAAACAGGAGAGCUGGACAGCGCUCAUUCGAUUCUCACCAAAACUCCGGAUAUAAGCAUUUCUGCAGAUGAAGGGGGGCUGUCAGACACAGAUGUGGAACAUUUUGAGAUUACAAAUGAAACGCGUCCAGCUGCUUCUGAGCCCCAGGAUGGACAAAGGACCAGCUCCGGCUCGGAUACGGAUAUAUACAGUUUCCAUUCAGCCACUGAACAAGAGGAUUUGCUUUCUGAUAUCCAGCAGGCUAUUAGACUGCAACUGCAGCAGCAGCAGCAGGGGGCAAUUAACAUUGGAACUGAGCGGCAUGGCACCAAAACAAUGGACCUACACAUGGCUAAUUCUCAAGCAACCCCCUUAGAUUUUGAAAGGUUUCUUUCACUAAGCAGCGACAAAGACAGCAGUCCAGAUACUGAGCAAGCUGUCUCAGCAAAAUCGGAAAUUACAGGAUAUAUCCCCACUUGUGAUACGGAACGGGAAGUGAAAGAAGAGGCAAAUGACAUGGGCUAUCCCUGCAGUAGUGUAUUUGAGAUGGAGGAACACAGGCAAUUGCCAGAGAAGCGGGAGCAAUCUGAUGGUGAAGUAAAAGAUUUUGUCCUAUUAAAUGCUGCAGUGACUGAAAAUGGGACACUCUUAGGCAGUUCUGUAUUUAAUUUUCCAUCCCCAGUAGAAAAGUCAGAGACUGAAGUAAUAGCUGUUGAAUCUGCAUGUUCAGAAACAGAGGAUAAUAUUGCAGAUGUGGGGCACGAUCAGGUUGAUGGAGCCAAAGAAAGGAAAUCUAGUGUGUCAAUAAGCAGAGAGGAACUGGAGAAUGGAUUUUCUACUGAGAUGAAAAAUGGUACUUUUUCUUCUAAGGACAUCCCAAGCAGUCCUGUGCAUAGUUCCAAAUGUUUUAAGCCUUAUCCUCUGAUAAACCCAUGCUAUAUCAAAACCACCACAAGGCAGUUGAGUUCUCCAAACCACUCACCUUCUCUAUCCCCAUCCCAGAGCCCACUUUUUAAAAGGAGGCGUGAGUCUUCUCACCGAAAAGAGAAUGAAUCAACCAAGAAGCAGAGGUCAGCCAGUUUGGCUGGUACGUUCAGCCGCUCAGCAGACUGGACAGAGGAAAUUUCAGAUCAUAAAGGUGAAAUAGCCCAGAAGUCAGGCUCAGCAGACUUCUUGGAGUACAGGCAGAGUAGAGAUGGCUUUCAAGGAGAGAGAAUGCCUUUGAAUCACUCAAGAAAGAUCUCAGGGAUGAUACCUUCUAGUGACGCUUUCCCCAAUGUGUUCAGAGGCCGAACACUUCUGGAAAAGCUGUCCAGCCAGCAGGAAAAUGCACCACAAGAAGAAGCGGAGAAACUGUGUUCUUGGAUCAUUGCAAUGGGUCUUCUACUCCCCUUUAGUGAUUGUUUUAGAGAGCCAUGUAGUCAAAGUGCACAACAAAGUGCACCAACUUUUGAUCAAGAUCAGCUUUAUACUUGGGCUGCAGUCAACCAACCUACUCAUUCAUCAGAUUAUAUUGAAGGACGAUUUCCAAGGAGAAUUCCAUCAGUGUGGCCACCACCAAAACCUCCAGAUCAAGAGCAGACAGUGAAACAUACAGAAAAAGAACCGGAAGAUGCUACAGUGGAAAAAGAGAGAGAACACACAAAGGAUGUUCAGGUACAGGAGCAUAUUGUAAUGAAAUCAGAAGAGCGUGCAAAUGAAAUUCAGCGGCUUGAGCAGACCAUACAAGAUCUGAAAUCAAAAAUUGCAGAGUUAGAGAAACAGUUUCCAACAGCAGAGUUGCCAAUUUCCUCUAGAACUCAGUGGGAUGAGAUCGAACAGCCAACUUCUGAAAGGCUCUCUAAUGCAGGUCUUCAAGAAGAGGAACCAUGUAUCCUAUCUAAAAAAAUAACUGCAAAAUCAGUGCAGACUUCACCAACAGAAGAUUGUUUAAUACACACAAUGCCUUCAGCCAACACACUGCCACAACCACCUUCCCUUCUCAAAGGGGAUGCAAGUCAAGGGCCAACUCAGCCAUUGCCAACACUUGAGCCACAACCUACCUUUUGCUCUGAAAUAUCUUUAGUUCUGUCACCAAAACGGAUUUCAGUGCAGUUGGAUGCUGCCCAAGAAAAACUACCUAUGCCACAACCUUCAGGACUAGAUGCUAAUUUAUUACCUUCUGAGGAAUCUGUAUCAUCCCAUCCACCUCUGAGUACUGAGAGUAUUACUUGCAGGGAACAUUCCCCUUCCUUAUCUUCUCCUCCCAGUUGCAGCUUCCCCACUGGACUUUCUGACACAGGAGGACUGUCUUGUUCCCUGCCUGGAGCAGGUGGCCUGUUUUUAACAUCUUCAUCUGGUUCAGGUGAACUGCCUCCACCACCAUCUCUACUGGCCCCCUUGCCUUCAUCUUGCAUAUUGCCACCUUCUGCCCCACCAUUGCCUGGUGAAGGUAUACCUCCACCACCACCACCUCUGCCUGAAAUGGGCAUGCAGCUACCUGCCUCUUCUGUGUGUUCUGCAAUCAUCCCUCCUCCACCCCCUUUACCCACAGAUAUCCCACCUCCACCAUCUUUUUCUGGAAUGAGUGUGCCGCCACCACCAUCUUUGCCAGGAGCAGAUAUUCCUCCUGCACCACCGCUUCCUGGCAUGGAUGGUCCACUCUUUUCCUCACCUCUUCCUGGAAUGCAAAUACUUCCUACAUUCCCACCUUUGGCAAACAUGGGAGUUCAACCACCUCCACCUUUACCAGGAAUGGGAGUGUCACCACCUCCGCCUUUGCCAGACAUGGGAAUGCCUCCCCCACCUCCACCUUUGCCAGGCAUGAGUUUGCCACCCCCUCCUCCACCAUUGCCUGGUGCAGGAAUUCCCCCUCCCCCUCCUUUGCCAGGCAUGGGUGUUCCCCCUCCUCCACCACCUUUACCUGGUGCAGGUGUUCCCCCUUUGCCGCCGCCUUUGCCAGGCAUGGAUAUGCUACCCCCUGCUCCACCUUUGCCUGGUGCUGUAGCUCCUCCUCCUCCUCCCCCACCUUUGCCUGGGAUGGGUGUGCCACCUCCACCAACUGUUAGCCUUCCACAAGUUUCUGGGUUUCUUCAUCCUCCCUUGCCAACUGAUUUAUUUGUAAUGGGGAUGAACCAGGAAAAAGGGAGCAGGAAACACGCAAUAGAACCUUCUCGACCAAUGAAGCCUCUUUACUGGACAAGAAUUCAGCUGCAUAAUAAAAGAGAUUCUAGUGCUUCACUUGUGUGGGAAAAAAUUGAAGAACCUUCCAUAGAUUAUCAUGAAUUUGAAGAACUGUUUUCUAAAACAGCUGUUAAAGAGAGGAAGAAACCCAUUUCAGACACCAUUGCAAAGACGAAGAACAAGCAGGUUGUCAAGCUGUUAAGCAACAAAAGAUCACAAGCAGUUGGAAUAUUAAUGUCCAGUCUUCAUUUGGAUAUGAAAGAUAUACAGCAUGCUGUUGUGAACUUGGACAACUCUGUGGUUGACUUAGAAACCCUUCAAGCCCUUUAUGAGAAUAGAGCACAAUCUGAUGAACUGGAAAAAAUAGAAAAACAUGGCAAAUCAAGCAAGGAAAAGGAGAAUGCCAAAUCACUGGACAAGCCUGAACAAUUUCUUUAUGAGCUGUCACUAAUUCCCAACUUCUCAGAACGAGUUUUUUGUAUCCUGUUCCAAUCAACAUUUUCAGAAAGCAUUUCCUCUAUCCAUUGCAAACUUGAAUUGCUUCAGAAACUGUGUGAGACACUGAAAAGUGGCUCAGGAGUGAUGCGGGUUUUAGGUUUGGUCCUUGCCUUUGGAAAUUACAUGAAUGGAGGAAACAGGACACGAGGACAGGCAGAUGGUUUUGGAUUAGACAUACUUCCCAAACUGAAAGAUGUCAAGAGUAGUGACAACAGCAGAAGUCUUCUAUCAUAUAUUGUCUCAUAUUAUCUACGUAAUUUUGAUGAGGAUGCUGGAAAAGAGCAAUGUAUCUUCCCUCUUCCAGAGCCACAAGACUUAUUUCAGGCUUCUCAACUAAAAUUUGAAGAAUUUCAAAAGGACCUCCGCAAACUUAAAAAAGACUUGAGAGCAUGUGAGACAGAAGCUGGCAAAGUUUGCCAGUUAUCUUUAGAAGAGCACAUCCAGCCUUUUAAAGACAACAUGGAGAAAUUCAUUAGUCAAGCUAAAAUUGACCAUGAAGUGGAAGAGAAAUCCUUGGCAGAAACACAUAAAAGCUUUUUGGAAACUACAGCAUAUUUCUAUAUGAAAGCAAAAAUGGGUGAGAAGGAGGUGUCGUUGAAUGCUUUUUUCAGUAUUUGGCAUGAAUUCAGUUCUGAUUUUAAAGAGUUCUGGAAGAAGGAAAACAAGCUUAUUUUGCAAGAAAGGCUUAAAGAGGCUGAAGAAGUAUGCCGACAGAAAAAGGGGAAAUCAAUUUACAAUAUAAAACAAAAGCACGACUCUGGAAUUAAAGCAAAGAUAAGUAUGAAGAUCUGAAAGAUGAAAGGCGUGUGUCAUUGUGCACCUGUUCAGUAAGCUCAAAA